AGAAAAUUAUUUAGGUUUUUAUAUGGCGGAAAAAUUUUCCAAUUCCAUUUGGGACUUAUCGUUGGAGCUAGUUUCAUGCACACAUGUUACUAUACAGUUUUAAUUAGGGCUGAUCGUGUUUUCAUUAAUGAAUUCAAAAAAUAUUUUAUACAUGCACACACUGUUUUGAAAAAGUCAGAUUACCUCUGUAUGUACCCAACAUCAAACCAUGGCACUGACAUACAAUUUACAAUACUUCGCGCCUUUUUUUUGACGUUUGUCUUUUAAUAUUUGGUAUAACUUAGUAUUAAAUGUGUGCAUGUUGAAAAUUUCAGUAAUACAUAUUCAAAAGAAUAAAGGAAAAGGGUUUAUAGUGUCGAAAUAAAAUAUUCAAAAACAAAGAAUUGAUACAUUCUGUUGCACUUGUACUUGAUUAUGGAAAAAGAAAAGAUAGUCAUUAUUGAUGGCGACAUCAAGACAAAAUAUGAGGAGUUGUGUCGUGAGCUUAAUAUGGAUAAAGAAACUGAAGAGAGCGCUUGGAACAAAUUUUCGGAUGUAUCACAACGAACAUCAUUAGAAGGAGAUCCAGUACAUUGGUUUUGUUGUGCAUUGUAUGCAGCCUGUAGAGCAUCAUAUACACCCACAGUUGGCGAAAACAAUACAAUUGUAGUUGGAAACUGUGUAUCUUUGAACAAAGUUCUUCGUUCUUGUAAUAUGAGCAUAUAUGACUUUAUUUCAAAAAUUAAAAAUUGGCACGAAAUGGCGAAUCUAUCAGAAAACUUUUUUCAUCAAAUUGAAAGAUUAGAACGAACAUCUAGCAUAACAUUUCAUCUCUUCCACUACUAUAAUAAAGCAUUUGAUCAACUUUUUCAAUAUCCGCCAUAUGAAAGAAAAAACACUAAAUACAGGUCUGCUACCAAAUGUUCAUCAAACAAAUUAUAUGACAUAGGAUGGUGUUUAUAUUUAUGCGCGAAAAAUGAAAAUCCUAGUUAUACUGUGGAUCUUAUUACAUCUUUUCAUCUUCUUCUUUGUUGUAUAGACCUAUUAUAUAUUAAUGUAUUAGCAGAAAACCGUACAGACCUUAUUAAUCCCAGUUUUAGUGGAAUACCAGAAGAUUGGGGUACUGACAGUUUUGAUCGAAAUUUAGUUCAUAACCAUUGUAUUAUAAAUCAUUUAAGUCGGUUAAUUGAGACUAAACCAAGUGAAGUAAAAUUUAUGAAAAAUAAUUCUUGGAAAAUAAUUAUCAGAAGGUUUUUUCAAACAAAUACUAUAAGUGGAAAUGAAGAGACAUUUCUAGGUAUUGUUUCAAAUUCUAACUUCGAACGUAAUUUAAAAUGUUUAAAUAGUACUUAUGAGCAAUAUAUUUUGAGUGUUGGCGAAUUCGACGAGAGAAUAAUAAUCAAUAAUCCAAAAUAUCGCCGUGUUGUCAGCGCAGAGUAUAGUGGAGAAGAAAGAGUUGAACAUCAGGAGAUAAAGUCAUUGAUACCUGACACACCAUACACAAGGAAAAGCUUAUUGCCCAAUAAGGAGACAAAUUUGGAACCUGUAGCAAAUGCCACUCAUAAUGUGAACAAAUUACAAGGUAUUGCUCAUAUAUCCGAACCAACUGAUUUUAUAAAACAAGCCGGUCCGGUUAUAUUGCAAAAAAUCGGGGAUAAACUCAAUCUUAUGUCACAACAAUUUUGUAAAUAUUUACCACAUCAAGCAGAAGGUUUAAACAGGUUUCAGUUAGCUACAUCGCUUUAUUAUUAUUUGUUAGAGAAAAUUAUUCGCGUCGAAAUCAGAACCAAGCCUAUAGAUAUUAAAAUAUUAUUAAUUAAUGAUAUAUUUAAUGCAACAUUAAUUGCGUGCUCCGUUGAGAUUGUGUUAGAUGCCUAUAAUUCCCAAUUAAAGUUUCCAUGGGUGCUUGACUGUUUCGGGAUUGAUGCUUAUCAAUACUACAAAAUCAUUGAAAUUGUUGUUGCACGUCAUGAAGAUAUUUUAAAUAGAGCACUUAUAAAGCACCUAAACUUUGUUGAAGAAGCAUGUCUUGAGUCACUAGUCUGGAAAAACUCUUCUCCUAUAUGGAAUCUAAUAGAAAGUAUAUCUUCUCCACUUCCAUCAUGGUCUGAAGUUGAUAUAAGUAAUAUAUCAUUACGGCAAGAAUCACAAAUCCAAUCUCCUAUGAAUUCUGCGUGUGAAACAUUUAUGCCAACAGCUAUUACAGAUUCUGCAAAACGGGAUCUAUUUAAUGUAACAAUAGAUUCCCUACCGUAUGAUAAACCCAAUGACAAUACUAAAAGGAUACCCGAUGGAAUGAAACGUUCAGGGUCUUUGCCUUUGUUUUUAAGAAAAUUUUAUAAAUUAGCCUGGAUUAGAAUUAAGGAAUUAGUUAUGGAUCUAAGAAGAGAUAAUGAAUUAUGCCUAAAAAAAAUAUGGACAUUGUUUGAAUACUCAAUUACGCAAAAAACAGAACUAAUGAAAGAUAGGCAUCUCGACCAAAUUUUAAUGUGUGCAAUAUAUUUAUAUAUUAAGGUACGAGAAAUACAAGGAAGUUCGUUUACAGAUAUAAUGAAAUCUUAUAGAAAACAGCCACAAGCAACAAGCAGCACUUACAGAGAUGUUUUCAUCGAUGAGAAAGACGGUAAUAGAGAUAUAAUACACUUCUAUAACAACAUAUAUGUUCAAAAUAUGAGUCCAUACGCUUUAAGUUUUAGUGAGAAAAAUAAAUCGGUACAAAGCUUGACUUUAUCACCACAUCCAACAGAAAAACAAAACUUUCCACGGAAAUUGUCCACACAUCCUUUGGUUUAUGUUCAUCCAAUGGAAAAAAAUGAAAAAUUUCAUUCUCCAAAUGAUAUAACAUAUGAGUUUUGUAAGAGUCCAGGAAAGGAUUUACGGAAACUAAAUGAAAAAAUUAGGUGCGGAAAACGUAAUUUGCCAUUUAACGACGAUUCCGAUAUAAUGACAGCAAAAAUACAAAGAAAGAUUCCUUUACAAAGUGCCCUACAAUGUAAAAUAACUGAAAUAAUUAAAGAUAGACAGGCUGACAAAAAGUGAAUUUGAGUUAUUAGCUACUGAUAUACUCUUUGUAGCAAGUGAAAGAAAAUUGAAACUAAACACCAUUUAACCAAAAGCGCAGUAUCAAAACGAUUAUAAACAUUUAUACAAUAUAUUAUUUAAGACAUCUAAUAUAUAGCACAGUAAAUUUGCAUGAAAUUAAUUGCAUCAUUACUUUUAAUAAGAAUAAAGUAUUGAUAAUUUGUUUUUAUAAAUCUGACAUAUUUUCAUAUACUUUAUUUGUAAUGUUAUAUGUAAUGUUAUUUUACACAGUUCAUGACAUAAAAAAAUACCACUCUACAACAAAUUACAUACUAAAGAAAAUAAAACUGAUUUCACAAUGUAUUUUGUUGACGGUUGCUUUCGUUAUUACCAUUAUUAAUAUAAAUUUAUAUGAAUUACGGCUAAUAUGUAGAGUUAAUAAUGCGCACAAAUAGAGUUGUAGUCCAAAUUUACAUCCUCUUAAAAAACUCAAUCCUUUUUCUUGCGUGGAGUAAAUUAAAAGCGUUCGCGUCUUUUUGAAAUAUAUUCAAAUUGCGUUACAUUAUUGUUGUGGGUAUGCAAUGCUGCUUUGUGGAGCAUUAAAUGUCAUUAUCUUACUUUAGUGGCGUAUGAUGUUCUUGUUAAGAGCUUCCACGAAUAAUCAAAGUAAUUAUUAGUUAAGCUUCGAAUGCUGCAACCGUCACAGGUCCAUAUUGUUUAUUUAUUAUUUUCAGAAUUAUAUUACAGGGUUGCUUACAACUUGUUUGCUUAUAUCUUUAUAUCUAAAAAA